AUAGAGUAUAAACUAACCCUACAUCCCACCCAUUCCACAAUCUCAUAAUCACGAACUUUACGUUCGCUUAUCGCAUAUUACCCAUGUACACCUCGGUCAACUCCCAGGGCAAGAGUCCAUUAUUCUCCGUCGCCGCCGAGGUCCGUCGUGCGAUCUACAACUACCUUAUUCCCGAACAACUUCACCUUUUCACGUAUCGAGACGAUGUCAGAUUAUCAACAUGUGUGAAACAAAAGGGAGAUGACGACCCUGACUGCGUCCCGCGGAACCCCCUGGCACAUGUGUCGAGGAGUAUUUCAGACCCCGAAGAUCCCAUCUACGUGCAGCGGUUGCGCUCGUCAUGGGGCGAACACUGGCGAUGCGAAGAAGCGGCUCUGACACGAGAUGACAUAAAUUUUAGGACAGUCGAAACAGGUUGGUUCGACCAAUUCGUCCUGUUUCGCGUGUGCAAGCGAAUGUCCAUGGAAAUCGCAUAUAUCAUGCCUGAGGUCGCGACAUUUCACAUAAAUGAUCCGCUCACACUAAGGGUCCUGGGUUCUCAAGCUACUUCUCAUCCCCUUACUAUUAGUGCUGUUGUCGACGGUGUCCAGUCAAAUCUCAGGACGCUACAUAUCAACCUGAGACUGCCUCUAGGAACAUAUGAACAGCUCGAAGAUGUUUAUACCUCCCCGGAUUUCGAAUCAGCACCGCUGGGCAUAACUUCCUCAGUCAUAUCCGCCUUGAUGGCCCUACCAACUGCUCUCACCCAAUUGAGGAAUCUGCAAAACUUGCGGCUGUGGCUGGAUCACAGUGACACCGAGUCGUGGUCUAUGGUCAACGAGAGGGCUGUUAUAACCUCCCUCUUUCAGCCUCUUUGUGAGCAGGGUUCAAAUCUGAAAAUCGAUAUGGAUCUUCCGAAGCUGCACCCCAAAUGGGAAACAUCAGAUCGUCAUUUUACACCGGAUAGCGCGCCGCCUCCAUUCCCAAUUCAUCGUCGGUACCGCCAGCGGAUCUAUGGAAUGCAUGAUCAAACCGUGAAGCAUGCUCCGGAUUUUCCAUAUGUAGCACAUGAGGCUUUUGUUAUACAGCAACAUGAGUUCCCUUCGGAGGACCCCGGCGAGAUGGAAAUGUAUGAAGCGUGGGAGCGCGAAGUUUGGAAGAGAGGAGGUGAUGUGGAACUCGAACUCAUUGGCCAUCAACUCGUUGGCGAUCAUUACCUAGGGUAACGACCUACGCUGCAAAAUUUCCUUUCAUAUUUAGAGGUGGAACAAUGUAACGAGCAUUAUAUUACAGUUGCAUUUUAACUUUCAGUGUCUCCACGCUGCUUUUCUUUUUUUCUUUCCUUUUUUUUAAAAAAAAAAAAAAUAGAAUCUUAC